AAGCCCAGAAAAAAAAGAAAAUUACUGACAGAGAAGGACAGAAAUUCAAUCUCGGAAUUAUCUUUGCUUGUUAUUUACUAUCAUGAACGAGUUGUAAUUUUGUAGACGUUCAGAGCAAUUUAGUAAGACAGCAUUUGUGUACGUCUAAGUUUUAUGCACAAUGAGUACCUCACGCCGCGUACUAACAUACUGUUUGAAAAGAUUUAAAAGUUCGAGUCAAUGGCUCCGACGUCAGGAGGCAGACCCAUACGUUGAAAAAGCGAAGAUAUAUAACUACAGAUGUCGUAGCGCCUUUAAAUUGUUAGAAAUCAACAACGAAACCAAUAUUCUACAGCCAGGUAUGAAAGUAAUCGACCUUGGAGCUGCUCCGGGUUCUUGGACGCAGGUUGCAGUGCAAAAAGUCAAUGCUAAUGGUUGCUUACCUUAUAAGCCUCAAGGAUCUGUAAUCUCUAUUGACAAACUUCAAAUAUUCCCAAUUCAGGGUGCAACAGUAAUGAGCAAUCUUGAUUUCAGCACAAUUGAAGCUCAUGACAAAGUGAUAGCAGCACUUAAUGGGAAGCAAGUAGAUUUGGUUCUCUCUGAUAUGGCCCCAAGUGCUACAGGUAUCAGAGAAUUAGACAAAGACAGAAUAAUAGCACUCUGUUACAUGGCUUUAAGGUUUGCCGCUCUAGUCAGUAAAAAAGAUGCCAGUUUACUCUUCAAAGUAUGGGAUGGUAAAGAAGUACCUGUGCUAGAAACGGACUUGGCAAGAUUCUAUAACACUAUUAAGAUUAUAAAGCCUAAUGCUAGUCGGUCUGAAUCUUCUGAGAAAUAUUUUCUUGCUAAAGGAUUUAGAGGUAUUCAAAGGCCUUUAGAAAAUAAUCAAUGGGGGUAAAAAACUUUGAAAAUCUGUAAAUGUAAAUUAUUACCUAAAUAUUUUAAAAAAUUUUGAAAAAAAUUGCUAUUGUCUAUUGUUGACAAGGUAAUACUCAAAUACAAUAAAAUGUUGUUUAAUUAUGUAAGUAGUAGAUAAG